ACUCUGGUCGACAAGUCAGAUCAUCAAAGCUCAGACGAAAGGACAGAAGAGGGCACUUCAGGCUUUUCACUCGAACCUUUUCAGAGUUGUUAUCACUAGACCUUUAUUUUCUUUUUAUGUGAACUUUUGGUGAAAUAUUAAAUUGUUCUGAGACCGUCAGUUGCCUGUUUUACUAACUGCACUGCUGUGGAUGGAGAAUGUAACAAUGGCAGCUCCUCUCAAACAGCCUAUAGUGUUCGAGCUGGAGGGCUUCCACAUAUCACCUGGCUAUGGCUCUUCCCUGUUCACCCUGGCUCUGUUUAACUUCAUGGUAAUCCUGUUGGGGAAUGGCGUGGUGGCGUGUAUCAUUGUCAUAGACAAGAACCUGCACAGACCCAUGUUUAUAAUGCUUUUCAACCUGGUGGCGUGUGAUCUGCUGGGGGCCACGGCAGUGCUGCCUCGCCUCAUGAUGCACUUUUUGAUGGGGCAGAAGAAAAUCGCCUACAUCCCGGCCCUCGCCCAGGCCUUCUCUGUGCACACGUACGGCGUCGCAGUGCAGACUAUACUGGGUGCGAUGGCCUAUGACAGAUAUGUUGCUGUGUGCCAACCACUCCGGUAUCACACCAUCAUGACCUCAGCUCGAUUGCAGUCUUGCUGCACCCUGGCCUGGGUCGUGGCUCUGCUGUGUAUCACCGUGCUUUUUGCCUUUCACAUGAACGUCCCAUUGUGUGGCAACGUCAUCCAACACGUCUACUGCAGCAAUCGAGCUAUACUGAACCUGGCCUGCCAUCCCACCACCAUAAAUAAUAUCUAUGGUCUUGCCAUGACCUGGUCCGUGAAAUCAGUUAUCUGGCUGAUCACUGCCUUUUCCUACUUCAGAAUCCUGCUUGCUUCCAUAAAACAAGGCAGUGCUGACAGCAUCGUCCGCAGCAAGGCCUUUCAGACGUGCUCACCGCACCUUGUUGUGUAUGUGUUGUCUGAAAUAGCUGCAAUGGUCAUAAUUUUGAGUCAGAGGUUCCCCUCAGUGUCCCCAAACAUCAAGAAGUUCUUCAGCAUCCUGUUCAUCAUCGUUCCACCAACCAUAAACCCCAUUAUCUACGGACUGGUCAGUAAAGAGCUACGUGUUAGCAUCAUCAAGCAUUUUAGCUUACAAGUCUGUCAAAAAACAUAAGAGGGCGUUAAUGCCUUUAGAUCAUUAAAGAGCUGUAGUCCCUGCUCUUUCACUAUACCUCUGUGUCUGUGUCUACUUUCAAAUAUAAAAUAUGCUGCAUAUUAUCUUUAUUUAUAUUUUUCAGCCUUGUCAUUGAGCCCUCCACUACCUAUUAUUAAAGUUUUCCUUUAACUUGUGAUUUUAAUUGAAGCUAGAAUUUAGUUUGUGUGGCUCAAAGCAUCAAAAAAUUAUAUUAGAAAAGUAAAAUGACAACAUUUAUUCAUAGUUUUACUCUACAAAUUAAAUACUGAAGCCUGCUCAUGGCAAGGUCUGUGGAUUAUCCUGCUGUACAAGGUGCGAUAAACAUAGUUAUUAUUGUUUUUUGUUAUUUGAGUUAAAUACGGCUGUUUUAUAUGUAAUUGUAACACAUGUAAAACCAAUAAACAUGAGACAAGACA